UUUAUCUCAUGGAUCAUGAGAAAUUUAUCGAAACUUAAUGCAUCACUCUUUGAUUCUCUUCAGUUACAGGAUAACGGUUCCUCUACACUCCUAUCAUCAGGAUACAUAGAGCUGGAAGAUGUUCUGCAAGCCAAUGGCACUAAUGAUGAUUGUAAUGUAAUACAAUCACCAUUUGGAGAUAAUAAUUGUUCUUAUACCAAUAAGAAUAAUAUUACAACCUGUGAUGAAGGUGAACCUCAUAGUUUCACCGUAUCUGAUUUCGAAAAUGAAACUCCACAUGAUAUGGGUCAGGAGUUAUGUGCUCAGUCACAAAAAGACAUGGAUUCACUCCGGUUACAUGUGGCACAAGAGUCACCAACAUAUGUUAUAUCCAAGAAUAAUGUUUCUAACAAUGAUGACGAUGAACAAUUUAUGAACACCGUUUCUAAUUCUGAAAAUCAAGCCACGAAUAAAAGGAUUUCAGAGGUAUGUCCUCCACCAGAAGAAGAUCUAGAAAUUUUCUUUUAUCCACCUCAACUAGAGGACUACACACUGUAGCCGCCAAUGAAAACAACAGUGGGAGAUGUUUUGCAUGACAAUAACUAUAUUGCAUGCAGUGAGUUUCAAUCCUGAAUCUGAAGCUAAUGACUUUUUUUCCACGAAGUUCUUGAAUAAGGUUAUAGUUAACUAUGGUUAUUAGUCCUAUGAAGAAGUAACAUAAACUUAUUUUGAAUGAUUACAAGCUACCGAAGUGCAUUAAGGAGUGGUACGAACACCGAAGUAGUGCCAUGGAUGUGUAAAAUGCCUUUAUGCAUUAGCUUAAGGAGACUAGUAAAGAGGCCUUUUGAAUUAGGCAUGGAAGAGGUAGCUGGAAGCAACUGAAAGUGUUCUUUCAAGUUCCCUGAAAUAUCUCCCUGAAGUCGUUAAUCAAGUCCCCCAUGGAAUAAUGUUUCGACCAAGCCAUAAUGCUAGCCUUAUUGGCAAUGCUUUUGUUUGUUCUGCAGCUGUUGCCGCGUGGCUGCUGUAGUAUCUAUCAGUUUGCAUAUUAGUGUUACUUGAGAUGUAUUUUUGUUAUAUUUG